AGGACUGCCGAUUGUCGUUGGCCCUGAUACUGCUGCAUUCAUGUCUGUGUCCCUAUUUUUGACGUUUGAGGGAGGAUAAAAAUCUUUCGAUCAUGUGCUCUCCAUUCUGCAACGCUAAAAAAUGUCAGAUCGAUUACUACGGAGUACUGGGGCUCACGAGGGAUUGUAUAGACCUGGACAUUAAAAAAGCUUACAGACGUCUCGCAAUUCAUUAUCAUCCUGUGGGGGCAAAGAAUGAAAAUUUUCUGGAAGUUUUUACUCUGGCUGCCGAAGCGUACGAGGUCCUUUCAGAUCCAUUGAAGCGAGCUAUCUACAACCAGUACGGCGAGGCGGGUUUGAAAAGCGGCCUACCAGGGCCACACGGACACAUUCCACCUUAUGUAUUUCAUGGAGACCCAAUACAAACAUACAAUGAGUUUUUUGGGAGUGAGAGUCCUUACGCCGAUUUACUGGACUUCCUUGAGAAUAAGGAGUUAUUAGAGAGGAUUACUGGAGGUGAAGGGGUCAACAGGAAGGAUGAUGAUGUGGUGAUACCAUUAGAAUUACAGUUAAUCGAGAUUUUUCGUGGAGCAUUGAAAAAAAAGAAAAUUGAGAGAUUAGUUUUCGCUAACCCCGAGAAGACAUUUACAAAAAUGCAAGAAAAAAUAUUCACCAUAACCAUAGAUCCCGGAUUGAAAACAGGUACAAAAAUAGUAUUUCCUGAAGAAGGAGAUCGAAAUCCGAAUACAAUUCCCGCAGAUAUCAUCUUCAUUACGGCGGAUACCCCCCACGAAACCUGCCAACGAGAAAACGACGAUCUCCUGAUGAUCAGAGACGUCACCCUCAACGAAGCCCUUACAGGGACAGUAAUUAAAAUCGAUACCCUGGACGCCAGGACUUUGCGCAUCCCAAUAACGUCAAUCAUAACACCGAACUAUCGAAAAGUGGUGCCGGGAGAGGGACUGCCUAUGAUGCAUGAUCCAACUCAACGUGGGGAUCUUGUAAUAAGUUUUUUAAUUGAGUUUCCCAUGUAUUUAUCAGUGAUGAGUAAGAAUAAUGUGAAGGAAGCUCUUGACGCAAGAAGACUUAAAAUUAUACCCGAUUGUACCUAACAUUUU